AUGGAGGAGGCGAUGCAGCAAUGCAGCAGCCAUGACGAGCUUGACGAGCUCGUCGAUGAAAAUGAAGCUCGGGGCAGUAGCUGGUCGAAGAAGAAGAUGCCAGUAAUGGGGUCGUUUGGCCUUCAAUGGCGGACGAGGGAGGGGAUGUUUGGAGUGAGCUUGAGGAAAAGGCAAUAUGGUGCAGUUGAUGGUACUUUGGUAGUAUUGCAGCGCUUUCUUGUUAGAUUGACUGCUGAUAUUCGAGUGUUUGGUGUGAUGCCAAAGAUUAAACGUUUUCGGAAUCCACUAAAAUCAGCUCGUGAACCACAUGAUGCUCAUGGACAUUCUUCAUCAUUAGCAACUUCAGUCCAAUCACAUGCUAUAGAGCCCGCAACAAUAGUACAAGCCCUCCCACAUGUUCAUGAAGUCCCGCAGCAAGAACAAGCUCCAAUUCUGCCUUCUAAUUCAAGUGCAGCAUCUCGCCGUGCAGGACGUGAAUCUACAAAGUAUUGGACAGUAGAGGCUAAAGACUCGGAAAAUGCUAUCAAGCAAAUUAGAGUCAAGGUCAAUGAAGUUAACAACCUGACUGUUGGGGAGCGCAUCAUUAUGAAUUUUGAUGACUACAACGCAGCAUAUGGUGAAGCGCAAGGAUUACUUGCUGGAUAUUGUGGAUCGCUGGCAAUUGAUUGUAAUUUGUUUCCAAUUAGUUUUGAGAAGUGGUCAGGGCCAUCGGGCAUACCUAAGAAGUACAUGGAAGACUGCUUUGAAACAAUAUUGAAGCCUCGAUUUGAUUUUCGGGUAAGUGAGUCCAUUGCAUAUAGAUACUGCAAUGCUAGUCUUUCAAAGAAGUGGGCUACACAUAGGCAGAAGUUGUGGAAUGAAUAUUUUGAUCCAGCCAAAAGAAAAAAUGAAAUUCUAAGUAAUGUACCAGCAGGAGCUUUGUAG